AUGGCAGUACUGCUCGUGGUAGACGACUGCAAUAAUGGCAGGAUCAGGAGGGAGCGCGUCUUCAGGGACCACACUGAUUUACUGGCCCACGAUGAUGACUGGCUGUUCAGCCGUUUCAGAUUUCCAAGAGCCAUCCUCUUGGAACUCUGUGCUGAGUUGGGUCCGAGUUUGGAGAGGGGCACAAGGAAGAGCCAUGCACUACCUGUCCCCCUGCAAGUGCUCACUACACUUGGUUUCCUGGCAAGCAGGUCCUACCAGCGCAAGUUGGCAGACCGGUCAGGAAUAACCCAGUCUGCACUGAGCCGUAUAAUGCCAGCUGUAUGGGACGGGAUCAUCCGCAUGUCCACCAGGUACAUCAGAUUCCCGUAUGGUGCAGCUGACCUUGCAAAUAUUAAAACGCAAUUUGCAGCGAUUGCCGGUUUCCCUAAUGUAAUCGUUGUGAUUGACUGCACACACAUUGCAAUAAAGGCGCCAUCGGUGGAUGAAUUUGCGUACGUCAAUCUCAAAAAUUUUCAUUCCAUCAACGUGCAGAUCAUAUGGGACGCACCGAUGCGCUUCACAAAUGUUGUGGCAAGAUGGCCUGGCUCGACCCACGAAUCCUACAUCCUCACCAACAGCCUGGUGGGCAUGGGGCUCCAAGCUGGCUGGCUCGCCUACAACCACGCUCAUACCAUCACUAGAGCUGUUAUAGAGCGAGCGAUCGAGCAGCUGAAAUGUCGGUGGUUCUGUCUGGACAGGAGCGGGGGGAUGCUGCUCUACCGCUCCAACAAGGUGGUCUGCAUCAUCAUUGCUUGUGCCACCUUGCACAAUCUGGCCCACACCCACUUGCAGAGGUCGAGGAGCCAGCAAAUGAGCCAGAGCCAGCACCCCCCCUUGUGCAACCCCAUCCGACUGCCAUUCGGGACAACGUGUCAUUGA